GCAUCAUCCGUUUACACUAGCGCGAACUUAUAUGAUGAAUAUAUUAAUAUUUUCGGUGAAUUUCUUCACCUGAAGUAGAACUGCAUUCAACUUUAGUGAUUACUCACCAGCGUUCACAUAUGCCUGAAUUUAUUCUAUUCACAGUAAUCCAUCUAUAGCUAUAGAUCUCUUUAAUGUAAACGUGCCGUGAGACCUGAUGCUCUUCGAAAACCGAUGUGCUCUGCAUUCAUUACGUGAAAAUUCGUGUAGUGCAGACGUGUUGAAUUUUCAGCUGAGAAAUAAACGUUUCCGCUGUUUUAAAGUUUUAACUCCGUGCUGAUUAGUGUAUCACAGGUUUUUAUCACUGGAUUGAAAAUUAUAACUGUACAUUCCAUAGUGUCUUCCUUAUUUGAAAACGAAAAUGAAUUCUUUUCGUACUAACUACAGCAGGGAUUCGUUCCGCGGUGUGAAACGUUCGGGAAUCGACUUGAAUGGUUACGGCGGAGCUAAUGAUGGUAAUCGUAAUAAGUGGUCCAUGGGAAGUAAGUCUCUGCCGAAAAUUAACUGGAACGAGAUUCAUCUAGCUCCAUUUACGAAAAAUUUCUAUCGUGAGCACGAGAUUAUUGGUAACCGCUCCAAUCACGAUGUUAAUCGCUUUCUGGAAAAGCAUGGCAUAACAACUAUUGGGCCAUGCCCUAAACCAAUAACCGGAUUUGACGAAAUCGAUUUACCAGACUAUAUAUGGAAUGAAAUUCAACGACAAGGUUUCCGGGAACCAACGCCAAUCCAAGCUCAGGGCUGGCCUAUUGCUCUAAGUGGGUUGAACAUGGUCGCAGUCGCCAAGACCGGCUCUGGUAAAACUCUCGGGUAUAUGUUACCCGCUCUAAUCCAUAUAACACAACAAAAAUUCGGUACCGACAAACGCAAUCCUACGGUUCUAAUACUGGCACCUACUCGGGAAUUGGCCCAACAAAUUCAACAGGUAGCAACUGAUUUUGGAUCGGCUUUGAAUGUUCGCAAUACUUGUUUGUUCGGCGGCUCAAGUAAAAUCCCUCAGGCAAAUGAUCUCCGCCAGGGAGUGGACAUUAUAAUUGCAACGCCCGGACGGCUGAUUGAUUUUCUAGAAGUUAGAGCGACUACACUCCAACACGUUACAUAUUUGGUAUUGGACGAAGCUGAUCGUAUGCUGGAUAUGGGUUUUGAACCCCAAAUAAGAAAGAUUCUUGAGCAAAUACGCCCCGACCGGCAAACGCUCAUGUGGUCUGCAACAUGGCCACAACAAGUGAAGAGACUUGCUCGUGACUUUCUGGGAAAUUUUACCCAGAUAAACGUAGGCUCUUUAGAACUGUCAGCUAAUCAUAAUAUAAAACAGUAUGUGGAAAUUGUGGAAGAAUCCGAUAAGACCAAGACUCUUGGUAGACUGCUUGAGUACUUGUAUUCAGGAGGCAGUCCGGGUCGAAUAAUAAUUUUCGUCACAACUAAGCGUAAGUGCGAUCAAAUCGCUCGAAAUCUACAUCACCACGGACUAGAUGCCGUUUGUAUGCAUGGUGACAAAACUCAACAGGAACGUGAAAGAGUAUUGAAUCAAUUCCGCAGUAUGAGCAACUGUAUUCUGGUGGCCACCGACGUGGCCGGGCGUGGUCUCGAUGUUGAUGGUAUUAAGGUGGUCAUCAAUUACGAUUUCCCACGUCAGAUUGAAGAUUACAUACACAGAAUCGGUCGUACAGGACGAUCCAACACGACUGGCGAGGCUUACACUUUCUUCUCGUCAACUGACCGUAAGCUGGCAGGAUCAUUGAUAGCUAUUCUGGAAGAAGCUAAGCAGAAUGUAGCACCUGAGCUUCAUAAAUGGAGUUGCGCGAGUGGCACAGAGCGUUAUGGAAGAAGACACCAAUUUGGAACUACUAACGGAGGACAUUACGGUAACCGAAUGUCUUUGUCAGACAAUCGAUACGGCGGAAAUUCGAACGGAUACAAUGAAAAUUCCCACGGAUUCGAUCGAUCCUGUACUGAAUACAGCGGAGGUUCAAAUGAAUAUUCAAAUUAUCGCAACGAUUACAGGCAGUAGGAGUUAAAAAUCCAACAUUAACAUGUUUAAACAAAAUGUAAGGAUUGUAUGACUUGUUUUGCAAAAAAAUUAAUUCGAUUCGUUCAUAUAUUUGUUGGAAGAUUUAUAAAAACUGCGAAUAAAUAAUGUGUUAAGUCACAUUGAAAUGCCUUA